GCAAAGGGAUCAGGCGGUAGAAAUGGAGAGCAAAAGGACUGGGAGGAUGAGAGAAAAUGUAGAAGAGACAUGGCAUGGGAGAGUGACAAAAUAAGGAGAUCUCAGCUCACCUUAAGGAGUCCUCUGGAGAAUAAGGUCCGGGUCGAGAAGCCGAGCUAACUGUCUGGAUUUUCAUCUCAUCUUGCUUUCGUGUUCCCUCGUUUUUAUUACCACACACACGCACGCAACGUGUCUGCUGGACUGUGUCUGCAGAGAGAAGUCUGUGGCUAACAACACCCUCUGACAGGAGAAAAGGUAGCUCAGUAUGAGUCGAGAUGCAUGGUCAAAGAAGAAAGCCAAUGCCAGUGGUGACAAUGGUUGGGAAGAAAGAGGCGGCUACAUGGCUGCAAAGAUCUCCAAGCUGGAUGAGCAGUUUAAACUGGAUGCUCCGAGAGAGAAACAGAAGGAUGGCACAUGCUCCAGCAUUUUCAGUGGAGUGGCCAUCUAUGUCAAUGGAUACACAGAGCCAAGUGCAGAUGAGCUGCGCAGACUGAUGAUGCUGCACGGUGGCCAGUUCCACGUCUACUACUCUCGCUCUAAGACUACACACAUCAUCGCCACUAAUUUGCCCAACAACAAAAUCCAGGAGCUCAAAGGGGAAAAAGUCAUCAGGCCAGAAUGGAUCACUGACAGCAUCCAGGCUGGGCGUCUCCUUCCUUACCUACAGUACCAGCUGUAUAGUAAACAGAAGGGCCCGCUCUUCCCUGGCAUGAAUCUGCGUCAGACCUUUGAGAUUGCAGGACCCAGCCAUGGGCCGCUUCAGCCCAGUGUCCAUCAAAAGCUUCAUCUGCCGCAGCGCAGCAUUCAGCAAUCUACUCUCAACCAGGAGCAGUCUUCAUCCAGCUAUCAGAAUAACUCCUUCCACAAUCAGCUUUACCAAGGCAACUCCCACCUUCAGUCCAUCCAGCAAAGCCCUGUAGCCUGCUUCAUAAACCCACCUCCAAGUCAGUUAACAUCCACUCACUCAAGCCCUGCACAGAACCACCUCAGUAGCUCUUUAAACACCCACCUGCUGUCUAACCCAAGCUCCAUGAAGCCCCCACAGACAAGUAUCAUCACACAUCAUCCUAGUCUCCAGCACCAGACAGCAGGCCAACCGCAACCUCAGAUCACCUCUUCCUGCAACACCCGCCAGAGUGGCUGCAGGGAAGUGCAAUUAAGAUUAAACGGGUUAUUUCAGACCUCGCGGGACGAGAUGAGCCAUUCAAAAAAGGACGAAAUGCAAGAGUGCAGCAAAGAAGCACCGCUGACCAAUGGACACACUCAUCUUGUUAAUGGUGCCUUAAAGCCAGAGGACUUGUCCCCUGUUGCAGAUCAACCCUCUGUUGACAAGGACCUGGCUGAAUGCAGAGUUAAGAGUCCAGAAGAUCAACCUACAAAUCCUCUAGUAAAUUUCCAGACCAAACCUGAUCCGUAUGAGUUUCCCCACAGUCCUCCAAAGCAGUCCGACCAGUCUGUUGUCCAUCCUGAGCAAUCCAGCUUAGGAGAAGCCAGUGAGCAGAGACUUAAACCGCCGCCACCCACAUACGAGGAAGCUAUAAAAGCCACCGAAAGCCACGCACUCCCACAACAGCUCCAACCACCCUGUCAGGUUGAUUCAAAUCCUGGACAUCCUCCUCAUUCCCCUGCAUCCCGGCCUCUCUCACAUUCUCCAGUUCGACUGAACGGAAGUCACCACAAUGCCUUUUCAUCUCACCCUGCCUCAUUAAACACAAACAAGUCAUCAGUCAAACCAGAUCCUCCCACUGACAAUACAUCAUCAGCAUCUGAGUCUUCAACACAGCUGUUGGCACAGACUGGCGGUUUGAUCUCAGAGUACUACUCUCAUUCACGUUUACACCAGAUCUCUACAUGGAGGACCGGCUUCUCUGAAUACGUCAAUGAACUCCAUAGCAAACGGAAAGCAGCGAAUGUUACCUCUUUUUCAGGCAAAGAACGGCUGAGAAAAUCUGUGGCACAGCGCUCCACUGACAGUCAAGGUACAUCGCUGCCAGCCAGUGUUAAAUCUUGUAUUCUCCAUGUGGACAUGGACUGUUUCUUUGUGUCUGUCGGGAUCCGGCAUCGACCAGAUCUCAAAGGGAAGCCAGUAGCCGUGACCAGUAACCGUGGGCAGGGUCGAGUACCCCUAAGACCGGGGGCCAACCCUCAGCUGGAGCAGCAGUACUACCAGAAGAAGCACACUCAUGCUCAACCUGGGAAAGAGGAUGAGGAUUUUCACAGGACUCCUUCACAAGAGAGUCCUGAAUCCCAUGCCAAUGGAGUGGACCAGGAUGCUGCUGCACUUUCAAUGGCAGAGAUUGCAUCCUGCAGUUAUGAAGCGAGGCAGGCGGGUGUGAGGAAUGGGAUGUUUUUUGGCAAAGCGAAACAGUUGUGUCCCUCACUGCAGUCUGUCCCAUAUGAUUUUGAAGCAUAUAAAGAGGUGGCUCUCACCAUGUAUGAGAUUCUGGCUGGUUAUACCCAUGACAUUGAGGCCCUGAGCUGUGAUGAAGUUCUGAUUGAUGGUUCUGCUCUGAUAGCUGAGCUGGGCAUCAACCCAGAAGAUCUGGCCAAAGCCAUAAGAGCAGAUAUCAAGGAGAAGACAGGAUGCUGUGCUUCAGUGGGCAUGGGGUCCAACAUCCUGUUGGCUCGGCUUGCAACCCGUAAGGCCAAGCCAGACGGGCAGUAUUUCUUAAAGUCUGAGGAGGUGGAUGAUUUUAUCAGGGACCUGUCAGUGACCAGCUUACCAGGUGUUGGGCCUGUUAUGGGCAGAAAGCUGGCUGCUACUGGUGUGAGGUCGUGUGGGGACCUCCAACAGGUUUCUCUUUCUCAGCUGCAGAAGAAGUUUGGACCCCGCACCGGACAAACCCUGUUUCGCUUCUGCAGGGGUCUAGAUGACCGUCCUGUGCGCUACGAGAAGGAAAGGAAGUCUGUCUCCGCUGAGAUGAACUACAACAUACGCUUUACUAAGGUUGAUGAGGCAGAGUGUUUCUUGACUAACUUGUCCAUGGAAGUGCAGAGACGUUUACAGGAAGCUGGGCUGCGAGGUCGCAGAGUGACUCUUAAGCUCAUGGUUCGUAAGAUGGGAGCACCACUGGAGCCAGCUAAAUACGGAGGUCAUGGCAUAUGUGAUAACCUGGCCAGGACUGUGAUGCUUGCUCAAUGCACUGACAGUGGUCAGCUGAUUGCUGCUGCAGUCAUCAAACUGUUCCAUGCCAUGAAGCUGCAGGUUCAGGACCUGAGAGGAGUUGGCAUCCAGGUUCAGCUUCUUGAGGGGAAUCACUCUGUGCCCCACGACUCUGCCGUCCUCCGGACACGCUCCAUCAAGGCCAUGUUGCUUGGCCAGGGUUCCAGUAACAGAGAUGCUGCCAGCAAAAGCACACAUCAGGAAAAGUCUUCCUCUGUCACGGUCCCAUCGCCUGGCAACUUUCAACGUCCUCAGUCCCCUGCUGAGCCAGUCCCAGGAACAAGCAAAGAACAGCACACAAGCAGGCAGACUCCAAAACAUUCUCGAACACGUCUCAAUUUCAGUAUUGAAAUCCCCUCCCCUUCACAGGUGGAUCGUUCUGUGUUGGAGGCCCUGCCUGCAGAGCUGAGGGAACAAGUAGAGCAGUCGUGGACUCACCGAGAAGGCAGGCCAAAUAACCGCCAUACAUCCAGUCCACAGCCUUCCUCUCCUAGAUCCCGUCCAACCUCCCCUCUGCGUCCUCCUCCUGCGUUGGUACUGCAGAUUCCCAAUGAGCCUGACAGUCCAGGAAUUGUUCUGGAGCUCCCUAAUUUCUCACAGGUUGAUCCAGACGUUUUUGCUGCCCUUCCCAAAGAGCUCCAGGAAGAACUGAAGUCCGCCUACAGCCGUGUAACAAAUGUCCAGCCUCAAACAAAUAUGUUGGAGCAGAAGAAUCCACUGUUGCAGCUAAAACAGUCAGUAGGAAUUGGCAACGGACGGGUGAAGCGGCGUUACAAGAGGAAGAAUGCAGUGAGCCCUGUUAAAAAAGGUCCUUCCCCUAUUAAGAGGCGUCACACAACAAACAGCCCAGCCAAAAGCCUACCAUCUCCUAUAAAAUCAAGGGAAUCAAUAAACACAGUAAAGACUGAAAACGGUCCGUCCACAUCGUCCGUAAAGCAGAACAUCCCAGAGUCUCUGUCUAAAUUCAUUCCUCGUCCCGCUCCGGCACUGGCUGGAGCCUAUGACCUCACAGAUAUUAAAACACUCUUACGGGAAUGGGUCACCACUAUAACAGACCCCAUGGAAGAGGACAUCCUGCAAGUGGUGAAAUAUUGCACUGAUCUGAUUGAGGAUAAAGAUCUGGAGAAGUUGGAUUUGAUUAUAAAAUAUAUGAAAAGGCUUAUGCAGCAGUCGGUGGAGUCUGUUUGGAGUAUGGCUUUUGACUUCAUCCUAGACAAUGUGCAGGUGGUUGUGCAGCAGGCUUACGGUAGCACCCUGAAGAUAGCAUGAAGAAGGAGGGCUCCGUUUCUCCCCCCUUUUUUUUUUUUUUUAACCUUUUUACAACAAUUUGUUUCGUUUUGCUACUUUCAUUAAGUCAUCAGCUAUGGACAUUAUAACAUCUAAACCAUCAUUUCUGGCAUAUUUGUGGAUAGAGUUCACAGAGAUCACAGCUGACCCUCCUAUCUCAAUUGUGACACUAAUGAAUAUCUAGAAAUCUAGUUACAAGAGCCAUGACAGUAUUUGAUCAAAGUUUGUACAGUACAUCAUUUCUGUACUCACUCUACAAGACAAGAGUUUUGCCAACGGAAGGGCAGGAAAUGCAUUUAGGAUAUACUAACCAAAACCCGGUACAGUGGUAAUCGUAGCAGUUUUUUGCAGAGUCAUAAGUUUUCAUGUGGAUUUGUUUAUGCACAGAUUCAAAUUGUAUGUAAAGAUUUUUCCAGGCAGUGCUCAGCUGUUUCUUAUACACUCAGCCUAAGCCAGGGCUUGUCACAUUUUUAAUUUCCUUUCUCUUGGCAAGUAUGCCGAUGUUUGAAUGUUGUUACAAAGGCACAUUAUGGGGUUAUUUUUUAUUCAUCUGUCAGAUUACAUCAGCCCAGAUUGAAAAUAAUGACACUUUUCAAGUUGAAUACAAUCAUCAUACAAGAGAGGGAUGAUAAACCCAGAAAUAGAAGGAAUACAAUUUUCAUAUAUUACUUAAGUUUUUCUGUGGUGCUUAAUGCCACUCGUACUGACCUGUGAAAUAUCGACAACUGCUAUGUCACAUUAUAGUCUGCGGCAUACAGUUGAAUCUUUUUCUUGUCUCUUGCAAAAAAAGUGCCAAACCUUGUCAUUAUAGUGUGUAAAUAAUGUUUUUAAAGAUACUUGUUAAAAAGUUUUAAAAGAAAAGAUAUGUAUGUAAAGGGUUUACUUCUUGUGUUGUUUACAUGUAGUGAAUUCUUAGUAACUGUCUUUAAAUUGUAGACCUUCUCGCUCUUUAAUUGUUUCUCAUUGUUCCAACAUGGAAAUCAGAAGCUGGCCAAAGCACUUCACGUGAGGUUAACUGUUGAUUCUCGGUAGCACUCUGAUUUUGGGAGCAUGUUGACAGGGGUUAUGGCAAUCAAUAAGUAGCCUAUGCAUUUUUCUUUUUCGCUAAUAAGUGAGAUGUUCCUUAAAGAUAAUGUAACAUUUCAUACAGCCUUUGUAUAUUGAAGGAAUCCUGGUAUUCUAGUGUGUUUCCAACCUAGUUACCUGUUUCAUAAAUCUUAUUGUUGAAAUAAUGCUGGAUUUGAAUAGGAACAGGUGAUCUGAUUUUUAACUUUGUAACCUUUUAACAUAAGCUAUGGCUUAUUGAUACAUCAUUGUAUUUCUGUGAAGUUGGCAUCCAUGAAUGGUGUUAAGAAAAGUACUCAGCAGAUGCAGCUGGAUGACUGGAUCUCACCAUGCAACACAUGUUGUGUCCAUGGUUGAAAAGUUUGUUCAAAACGGUAUCCCUAUAUGCAAACCAAAUCAAUAUGUCAUUUUUUAAGCUGUUGAAAUGAAUGUAAUUCAGAAUGUGCAAGUCUCCACUCACUCUCAAGAGGUUGCUUCUCUUCAACUGUCAUAUCUUUCCUAAAGUGAAUGACCACAAGUUAAAAUUGGCCAGUCUUGUCUUCUAUAAACUGGCUUGUGCCUGAAGACCUGAAGCUGUGAACUUGUUUGUAAGUUUUCUAAAUCUUGAUAAUAAACUGUAAACUCUGUAUGAA